AUGGCGCCAUAGAUGGCUCGAGUUCUGAAGCAAAGCUUACCCACUUGAUGUACAGCCAUACAAUAACGUGUACAUCCGGUCGUGUGAGAAUUAACUUCCUUCUUGUCUAUCUAUCUCUCACGGAAGCGUGACACCUGCUCUUUCACGACCCGAGCAAACUCACUGAGGACUAUUAGCUUGGAAAAUGUUAAUUUUAUCAAACAGGAUAAAAUUAUGUUCUCUGGCGUUUACCGCCGCGCGCAUGUACAGCAGCGGUCCUACAGUUGUCAACAAAAACCCCACGGUUUACUUUGACAUUGCUGCAGACGACCAGCCUCUCGGCAGGGUAACCUUUGAGCUCAACGCCGACGCUGUGCCAAAAACUGCAGAGAACUUCAGAGCGCUGUGCACGGGGGAGCAAGGCUUUGGUUACAAGGGAUCAACUUUCCACAGGGUGAUCCCUCAAUUCAUGUGCCAGGGUGGAGAUUUCACUAACCACAAUGGAACUGGAGGGAAGUCUAUCUAUGGAAGGACGUUUCCUGACGAGAACUUUAAGCUGAAGCACACCGGACCUGGUAUCUUGUCUAUGGCCAACGCUGGACCCAACACCAACGGAUCCCAGUUCUUCAUCUGCACCAGUAAAACCGAAUGGCUGGACGACAAGCAUGUUGUCUUUGGCAGCGUGAAGGAGGGAAUGGACGUGGUCAAGAGAGUGGAGUCGUACGGUUCACGGUCUGGGCGAACCUCCAAGAGGAUCACUAUCGCAGACUGUGGAGAGCUUGAGUAGACUCUGAGCAGUGGACACAG